GCCCAUAAUUUAGGGAGCGUCCUGUCCUUCUAACGUUCUCUAUCUCGCUUCUGGUGAGCUGGUUGAAGAUGAACUGUGUCCAGGAGGAAAGAGCUGGGACUGUAGCACUCUGUGUGUCAGCCCACAGGUCCUGUGAAAACCCCAAAAUAUCUGUGAAGUGGGCCUGGAUUUGGACAUUCUCAAGAGGAAAGUUUAAAGGAUGAUGGGAGGCCUGUAAGUGCAGGUACUCGUUAUGAGGCAGGUUUUCUGUAUUACACGCAUGCUGUUCCCUUCCCCUCAUGGUGUAGGAAACUGACUGAGCUGCCAUUCUGUUCCAGCUUUGUGGAAAAUUAUUUUGAAACAGAAUCUUGCUAAGUUAUCCAAGCUUGCUUUCAAUUUGCUGACCAGCCUCAGGCUGGAAUUAACAAGUUCACACCACACUUCCUUCUCCUUGUGUUUGUUUUGAGACAGGGUCUCACCAUGUAUCCCCUGGCUGCCCUCAAAUUUGCUAUGUAGACCAGGUUGGCGUACAAGUCUAUCUGCCUGCCUCUGCCUCCUGAGUACUGGGAUUAAAGGCAUGUGCCACCACACCCAGCGGUCUUUGAUUAUGGCAUAUUUACAAAAUUCUUAUGGUUUGGCAUUUGUUGGGGGGCGGAGAAAGAGAGAGAGAAGCACCACAUUUUGUGGAAGGGAAGGCGGUAGUAUGUAACACCAGGAGAGACCAGGCCUCUUGAAAUUUGGUACUUAAUCUCCUGUCUAUGCGAUGAGAAGACUGAAAUAGACCUUUGAGCAUGCAUGUCUCUGAGGUCCUUAAAACCAUCUACAGAACUGACUUACAGAGCCGUGCCAUUUUCUCAUUUAGUCUAAAGCAAACCAUCUUCUGGAGCUAUUUCACACUCAAGUGAACGUUAUGGUGUUUAGACUGAAUUGUUGUACUUCAGGGAAUUUAUGUAGCCUGUCAGAGGCAGAGAUUAGAGAUUUCUAUGUAAAUGUGAAGUUUUUUUUUUUCUUUCUGGGUUUUGUAGCCCAGAUUGGUAUUAUAUUCCUGAUCCUCCAAAUUUCACCUCCCAUAUGUUGGGAUCAGAAGUGUUUGUCACCACAUUGGCUAUAUAUGUAGUAGUAAUUUUAAAGGUAGCAUUUUUUUUCUUUUUUAUCAACUUAUUAGUCAUUUUGUUUUGUUUCUGUUUUUCAGUGGAGUUUUCUUCAAUGAUGUAAGUGUUCUAUAUCGUGUUGUCCAGGAUUGCAAUACAGAAUUACUGAACAAUUAAAAAUGUUAGUAGUUUGAAUAGUUUUGAGAUAGAGUCUUGCUUCGGAGCUUAGGCUGGCCUGGAGCUUGUAUUGAUUUUCCUUCAAAGUAAGUGUUGUGAUUACAGGCUUGACAAAAAACUUAAUUUUAACUAAAUGGUUUUGUAGUGAGUGAAUGCUUACUUACUACACAUGAAAUUUUGAUAUCUACCCAAGCCAUAGCUUCUUAUUUGGUCUGACUGGGUUAAACUGGCCUCAAAUCCAAAAGUCCUCCUUCAGCCUCUUAACACUGGGUUGCACUGAGCCACCACAUCUAGACAGUGAUUUCUUUGCCUAUACUCAAGCACCUUUUUGGUGCCUAUCACCAACCUAACAAGCUUAAUGUUAAAUUACAUACCGUGUAAAGAAUUUCUAGAUCAUAAUUAGGUGAAGACUAGAAGUGUCUGAAGGUUAUCUGUGGUAAUGAACUCUAUUUUGGUUAUAAGUAAGCUUUUUUUUUUUUAAAUUAAUAUUACAUCCCAACUGCAGUUUUCCAUCCCUCCUCCUUCCUUUUCCUUCAGAAAAGGGCAGGCCUCCCAGGGGAUAUCAACCCAACAUGGCAUAUCAAGUUACCAUAAGACUAGGCGCCGCCUCUCAUUCAGGCAACCCAGUAGGAGGAAAAGGAUCCCCAAAGCAGCCUCAUGUUUUGCAGGGCCUUUGUAGCUAACCGCUGACUGUCGCUAACUGACCUUAUACUUGGUGUGUGACGGAAGUUUAAUUUAAAUAUUCCAUCCUCUUGCCUCAGCCCGCUGGAACGGCAGGUGUGUGACGCCACAGCUGGCUUUCGGUUACACUGAAUAGUGCUGCUAAGCAGUCGCUCUGGCAUUUCCAUUUGGCUUCUUACGUGAAAGCUGGAUUCAUUUCCUUUGAUAACAGAAACUAAGGAUGAAAUUUAAGAAGUACAGAAGAGAGCACCAGAUUGAUACCAACAACACUUCCUGUCUGGACCUUCUUCGUGCUGUAGUCAUUGUUGUACGAUGAAUGAAACAUGUCUGCAUUGUUUUAUGCGCCGACUCAAAGAAGCUAUUCCAUUAACUGUAUGCUGACGCGCAGAAGCGGGAGGCUACGCAAGCGUCUGAUUAUCGCAGCAGCCGCUACCACGUGCUCCCCAGCGGCCGGCCUCGUGCUACCCAUCAGGCCCUGCGGCCACCACGCAUGCGCCCUGGCAGCUCCGUGGCACGAAUACAGUGUGUCUCCAUUUGUGGAAGGCCCGCCCCUUUAGCUUGUGUUGUUGCAGGAUUCUUAUUUUGGAGACUCAUCAUGUCUUUGUGUGAAGACAUGUUGCUUUGCAAUUAUCGAAAGUGUCGUAUCAAGCUCUCUGGUUAUGCUUGGGUCACUGCCUGCUCUCACAUCUUCUGUGAUCAGCAUGGCAGUGGUGAGUUCAGUCGCUCACCAGCUAUCUGCCCUGCCUGCAACAGUACCCUUUCUGGAAAGCUGGAUAUUGUCCGUACAGAACUCAGUCCAUCAGAGGAAUACAAAGCUAUGGUAUUGGCAGGGCUUCGACCAGAGAUUGUAUUGGACAUUAGCUCCCGAGCGUUGGCCUUCUGGACAUACCAGAUACACCAGGAACGUCUUUAUCAAGAAUAUAAUUUCAGCAAGGCCGAGAACCAUCUAAAACAGAUGGAAAAGAUAUAUACACAGCAAAUACAGAGUAAGGAUGUAGAAUUGACCUCUAUGAAAGGGGAGGUCACCUCCAUGAAGAAAGUUCUUGAAGAAUACAAGAAAAAGUUUAGUGAUAUCUCUGAAAAACUUAUGGAACGCAAUCGCCAGUAUCAAAAGCUCCAAGGCCUUUAUGAUAGCCUUAGGCUACGAAAUAUCACUAUUGCUAGCCAAGAAGGUUCCUUGGAACAAGCUAUGAUCCCACAGUCUGGUGUCUUUGGCUUUCCAUUAGGGAAUAGCUCAAAGUUUCCUUCGGACGGUACACCAGUUGUAAAUCGAGGUGGUGGAGAUGAAGAUGUUCAGUUCAGACCAUUUUUUGUGGGUUCCCCCACAGGACCUGAACCCAUUAACAACUUCUUUAGUUUUGCUUCUCAAAGCCAUGAAGCAGAGCAGCAAGUCUACAGCAGGGCCUUUAAAGCAAAAAGAAUUUAGCUCAUCUCACGUUUCGAGACUCUCUGUUUUCCUACAGUUUUACGCUAGAUGAAAUGAUUGGCAUCCCUGAGUUCUCUUCUUCCAUUUUAGAAGUUGGCUUGCCGUAGGGUGUGCAGCUUCCUGUUUGGUUUCUUUAUUUUUUUGCUUAGGCAUGGGCAUUUCAUGAAUCUCAGUCUCUACGUUCAUCACUGCUCACAAUCACAUUGUUGCACAGAUCCCUGUUUCAGACUAAGCUGUGUUUAUGCUCAUGUAAGCACCAGAGUUAUACUUACAUGAUGCUUUGGGUUCUAGUAUAUAUAUGUUGUGUGUGCAUUGAUGUUUUUCUGCUAGUAUAUUUAUAUAAAAAUUAUGGUCUUGGAAAAUGAUGGCCAAAAAUGAUGGUCUUUAAAAACAGUUGUUUGCUGUUUGCAUCUAUUUUACACAGUCAUGGAUUUUUAUUUGUAUUAUUUUGUUUUGGAGGUGAGCUUGUAUCAUAAUAAAUGCAAUUUAUUUAAUGCGUAUAUGUUCAGCUUAUACUUAAAAAAUUUAUAUUGAUAAAGUUAUUUGUUGAUUUCAUUGGUAUUUGUUUUAAAAUAAAACU